CACUGAUUUGCUUCAGGAUGCGGCCUCCACAGAUAUCGAUCUGGAAGAUCGUCACACACGGGAUGAGUACGCCAUCCAGAAACCUGAUACGUAAUACCAAAAUUGAGCGAAGUGGUUGGGCGACUGCUACAGGUGUUCUGUAGGCCACCUUCCAGGCGCUAGCCGUAGCCUGCGGGUAUAUAUAGGACGUGUGUCCGUGAGCAGAUUGCGAAUUCAUAGACUUCCUCCAACAUCGAAGUUCAAGAUGACUUCUAUUCAUUGGGACAGCCAGCAAUUUUAUCGACCAAUUCCUCCUGCAGCUAUACCAUCUCCGACAUUCCGGCCACCUUUGCAUCCACAAGCUGGUGCUGGUUCGAUUUACUUUCAACCGUCUACAGAUUUUGCCCGUUAUGAAGAGGUCAAAAGGACAACUACGCAUGGCGCGGCCCAGAAGUACAUAACAUCCGGUACGGACCAGGUAGAACUACCUUCUGAUCAAGGCCAGUCAUUACAGGGCAUAAAAAAAAUCACGCAGGACAUUUGUUACAGUCAAGAUGCAGCCGACGUCAGCGAUACAGAGAUAGAAUUUCCUUCAAUUAAAAAACUGAAGUGGGGUACAAGCCAGGAUGACCCUAUCCUCCUGGACGAUGAUGUGGGCGACAGUGGAGUGCUGGACGAUGCUGAGAGGGAGAUCUUAGUAGACCUCUUCGGCUCUCAAGCUGCACUAAGUGAUGCGACGAUCCAGACAACUACGACAAAGGUGAAUGACGUGCUGUUGCUUGCCUCUCAAAACAUGAGCAAUCUUGAGACAGAGAGUCUAUCCGGUUUGGGUAGUGUUCAAGAAACCAGCGCUACCUCUGUGACCGAAGGAAUUCCAACGAACGAAGGCAAGAUCGAUAAAUAUCAGCCAAAAUCAAGAAGUGAUAGCAAUGAUUACAUUUCCGCAAAGAACGACCAUAUGGACACGAUUGAACUAAGCCCUGGGCUGAAGCGCAGCGAUGAUCAAGAUGGAAGCACAAAUGGUACUGAUGGCGAAGACCACGCCAAUGAUAGCUCCGGCUCUGAUAUAGAGCACCCACACCCACAGCGUUUAAAACGGCGGAGGGCAAAGAGCACGGAUAGCUCUGCACAAACAAACUUCAGCAAUGUGAAAGACGUUACUCUUCCGACCGAUUCCUGGGAUGUCUUAAGCCAGGGAGGAACAGCGGCCUCUUUCGAUUAUUCUCCAAAGAGUCAAUCUAUUAAUGGAGACCACGUCAAUGAUAGCGACACCGGUGGCUCUGAGAUACAGGAGCGGAGACUGAAACGGCCGAGGCGGGCAAAAAGCACGGAGAGCUCUGCACACAUGAGCCCCAGCAAUGUGAAAGAGGCUUCUUUUGCUAUGGCCAAUUCCUCUGACGCCUCAACUCCAAAAACAGGAGCGACGUCGUCUGAUUCCCCGCUAGAGAGUCACGAGAUACCAAUCCGUGGAUCCCUUACACUGCAAACAUUCCAGUCGGGAAUAGUGUAUUGCCUUAAAUUUUCCCAGGAAGAGUUACCAUUUCCUCUCGACAUAGAGCAGGCGCAAAAUGUCAUCAGCAGCGCCUCUAGUGGCAAUAGAGACAGGGAGCGGCCGCAUUUGCGAGAACGAGUUGUGAGCAGACCUGGUAGGCAUUCGACAUAUUCAGAAGAUGACGACGAACUGUUGAUACAGCUGAAAGAGAAAGACAAAUUGCCAUGGGACGAAAUAGCAGAGUACUUCCCGGAAAGGACCAAAGCGACGUUGCAAGUGCACUACUGCACAAAGCUGAAGAACCGCUCGCAGACGUCUAAGUGCAAGAAACGCAAGAUAACGAACUCAGCUAACGAAAGCGGGGGAAUAUGUCCAUCUGGUUUUUCAAUGGAGUUGCUUGAUCCACAGCUUCGAGAUGCUCUUCCUUUCACACCAUUUGUAGCAGCAACUGCCGACUCCACUAAGGGUGCUCACGGAAGCAUACUAUCAACUGGGAACAAAGAGCAUACAGCAGUGCAGCCGCGCUGUAGCAGCCAAGGAGUGGAAAGCGAUACAGAUGAGAUCUGCGAGGUUGAAGCGCUGCUUGCAAAGUCGACAGUACGUAAUGUGGUUUGGUACCUCGUGAAGUGGGAAGGCUUUGGUGAUGAUGAAAAUACGUGGCAGGAACAGGACGACAUCAGUUCGGAUCUCGUUGACAAAUUUGAGGCGAGCUAUCAAGGGAACUUCGGUGUGGAACUACUCAAAAGGCGAGAACGGAGAGGGAAAAUUGAAUAUUUUGUUAAAUGGAAGGGUCGUCCAACGGGUGAGAAUUCCUGGGAGAAGGAAGAUACAAUACACUCUGAACGAAUUAAAGAGUUUGACAAGGUAAUGGAGGAAAUCAUUGCAUUGUAUUUUAGGGCUAGCAAGCAUUUGCAUAAGAGAUGAGUUCGCUUUGGCGAUAGAUAUUAGUUUUAGUUAAUGACAUAUAUUGCACCAGGG